AUGUCUUCCAGCCCAAAUGAUUAUACCGAUUACUCAUCCGAUACGCCAUCGGAGAGCCUUUCUGAUGAAGAUCAUAUACCUAUCAUGGACUUUGACCAUCAUGGUAUGUGGGAUGGCACUGAAGGGCCCGCAAUACACACCCCUGAGAACAUAAGACGUAUAUGUGCCAAAAUGUUCAUCAUCGAAUAUCUUACUACGUAUCAACCUGAAGAGGAUGAGAGAAACGAUAAUGAAGAUGAUCUGGAACAAAAUCAUAUCGUUUCUCUUGUCCCUUUCACCGAGAAAUUCUGCUACAAUGAUAUGACAUUCCAUGCUGCUCGCAUAUCUAUGGAACUUGUUAAAGGAGGGUUUGAGACCGAUACACUUUCGGUUGGACAAGGUUCCCUCAACUCAAGAUCAUACCCUCUCAGAGAGGGCGUUACUAUUGGCGAAAUAAUAGAUUGCGUCAUUUCAAAUAAAAUGCAUCACUUCGCCUUUCUUCCCUACAAACUUGGAAACGAUGUUGGAUGGAAAGGUUGUCGUGACUUCAUGCUACAAUUUUGGGCGGAACUCAUCCGCACAGGAAUCAUUACUACCAGCGUACCCGAGGAAGAAUCAGGAAAGAAUUCUUCACUUGCCUGGGACCUAUGUGUAACGUACAACCGUGAUGGUAGUAGUAGAAAUGAUUUCAUUGGUGGAGGUCAUUACUACAGUUUUACGCCCAAGGACGAUGAAUAUUCACCUGGUCACUGUGUCUCACUUUAUGGGCGAUCUUUAUUCUUUGCUCUUUGGGAAGAGGGAAAUGCACAAUUGGUCCUUAAGCACUUUUAUAUGUGGACAAUAGAUGACCUCUUUGAACCUGUUACCCACCAGGAGAUGUCAAUCGAAGACUGA